ACAAUCUGACAUGGCCAUGGCGCUUGCGUCGUCAGCUUAGUUCCUUUAGCACUGUGCAAAAAGCGCGGUGCGGUGUGUUCUACAUUUCCAUCGGAUUUAAGACAUUAAAAUGUUCUCAUCCCUGUUGGACGCGGCGCGGAACUCGCCCUUCCGCGGCCCGCUCUCCCCCGCGCAAUGCGAGCCCAUCGCUGCACCACAAGCUGCACAGAGCGGCAUGGCUGCAGCGACGGCGGUGCAAGGAGACUCGUGCGAGUUCGCCUCACCCAAGUACUUCGCCCUUUGCGGUCUGGGAGGCAUCCUCUCUUGUGGUAUAACUCACACCGCUGUUGUCCCCUUGGAUCUGGUGAAGUGCCGGCUGCAGGUGGACCCUGAUAAGUACAAGAAUGUGUUGACUGGCUUCAAGGUGUCAGUGCGGGAGGAAGGUAUGCGUGGACUCGCUAAAGGCUGGGCACCAACCUUCAUUGGAUAUUCCCUACAGGGUCUGUGCAAGUUCGGUCUGUACGAGGUGUUCAAGGUGACAUACUCCGGAAUGCUGGAUGAAGAGACAGCUUACACCUACCGAACAUUCGUGUACCUCGCAGCCUCCGCUUCUGCGGAAUUCUUUGCAGACAUCGCACUCUCUCCGCUAGAGGCUGCUAAGGUCCGUAUCCAAACGAUGCCUGGUUUCGCGUCGACGCUGCGAGAGGCUUGGCCUAAGAUGGUGCAGAACGAGGGCUACGGCACCUUCUACAAGGGUCUGGUGCCGCUGUGGGGUCGCCAGAUACCUUACACCAUGAUGAAGUUCGCGUGCUUCGAGAAGACAUUGGAGCUCCUUUAUAAGUACGUGGUGCCAAAGCCGCGUGAGCAGUGCACUAAGGGUGAGCAGCUGGUGGUGACAUUCGCUGCUGGUUACAUCGCGGGUGUGUUCUGCGCCAUUGUGUCACAUCCGGCUGACACAGUCGUCUCCAAACUUAACCAGGAUAAGACAGCGACUGUUGGCUCCAUCAUGGGCAAGCUGGGUUGGGGCGGUGUAUGGAAGGGACUUGGUCCCAGGAUCAUCAUGAUUGGUACACUCACCGCACUCCAAUGGUUCAUCUACGAUGCUGUUAAGGUGUGGCUGCGUAUGCCGCGACCACCGCCAGCUGAGAUGCCGGAAUCUAUGCGCAAACGUCUCGAAGCGGAGGAGGCUGCGAAAUCAAAGUGAACAUACAAACAUCUAGCUCAUACAAACAUCUAGCCCAUACACACCAUGCACAUAAAAACAUAACUAAAUACAUUGAACCUAACUUAGAUAAAUUGAAACACGACCCUUGAAAUAGACAAUUCCACUGUAAUUAUU